AUGCUGUCGACCAUCCUCGCCGCCAUCAGGUCAUCUCCUGAUCCCGCCGAAGGGGUUCAGCAAAGGCCUCCCCGGUAUGCCGGCGAAGACACCACCCCGACAACCCGCCGUGAAAUUCUUGGGUGGUAUGCUUACGGCAUUGCCGCGGAGGUGUUCGCGGUCUGCGGUGUAGGUUCUUUUCUGCCUCUUACACUUGAGCAACUGGCGCGCGAACAUGGCACACUGCAGACCAGCCAUCUGCCCUGCUGGGGCCCUCAGGCGCCAACAAACGGCACGCAAGCCGACGAACAAUGUAUAGUCGGAGUAAUGGGACUCCACAUCACCACUGCGAGUUUCGCGAUGUAUACAUUCUCGCUGGCGGUGCUAAUCCAGGCAUUAACAUUAAUUUCGUUCAGUGCCCUAGCGGACUACGAAAGUAACCGUAAAACGUUGCUCUUGUCUUUCGGAUUCAUUGGUUCGGCUACCAGCAUGCUCUUCGUGCUUAUCGCACCGUCGGUCUUUAUUCUCGGCUCCGUCUUGGUCGUCAUCGGCGUUACCUGCCUCGGAUCCUCUUUUGUUGUCCUGAAUUCCUUUCUGCCCGUUCUGGUCGCCAAUGAUCCUUCGAUUCAGGAUGUCAAAAAUGGAGGUGAUGAAAUGUCAAACUUCCAGAGCAACAGCCACAAUGGCGUCGGCGACGACGCCGAUUGGAACGCGUGGGACGAGGAGGACAGCCUAGACGGCCUGCAAGGUACAGGUCAACAUGCUCCGCUCGGAGGGGAUGAUCUCAAGGGCAAAAGCUCGGGAUCUAACCCUGAACUUCAGCUUUCUACGAAGAUCUCGUCCAAGGGUGUUGGACUUGGGUAUUGCGCGGCGGUUUUCGUGCAAAUUCUGAGCAUUGCGCUCUUGGUAACACUCUCUAAGACCAAGCUCGCGGAAAUUUCAGGGACAUUUCCGAUGCGCUUCGUUCUCCUUUUGGUUGGAAUAUGGUGGUGUCUAUUCACGAUUGUCACCGGUCGCUGGCUAAGAUCACGACCUGGGCCCCGUCUGGAUACGUCAUCCAGUCCUGGCGCCUCUCGGUGGCGCGUGUGGUUACGUCUCAUGGGUUUUGCAUGGAAGUCACUCUGGAAAACGGUGAAAAUGGCCGUGAAGUUGCGUGAAGCUAUGGUUUUCCUCGUCGCUUGGUUUCUGUUGUCAGACGCCAUGGCUACUGUUUCAGGUACAGCCAUUCUUUUUGCGCGUACUGAACUAAAGAUGAGCACAACCUCGGUUGGUCUGUUGUCCAUCACCGCUACUCUGUCGGGUAUGACUGGUGCGUUCCUUUGGCCCCACGUAUCCCGACGAUUCGGACUGAAGCCAAACCAAACAAUCAUCGUUUGCAUUGUACUUUUCGAGACCAUUCCGCUGUAUGGGAUGCUGGCCUACAUCCCGUUUGUCAAAAAUUGGGGAGUGAUUGGCCUGCAAAAAUCAUGGGAAAUCUUCCCGCUUGCAAUUGUCCAUGGGGUGGUGUCUGGAGGCCUCGCUUCCUACUGUCGCUCUUUCUUUGGUCUAUUAAUUCCUCCUGGUAGUGAGGCUGCAUUUUAUGCGCUGUAUGCGGCCACGGAUAAGGGCAGCUCAUUCAUCGGGCCUGCGGUGGUAGGAGUGCUUGUCGAUGCGACUGGCCAAGUCCGGUCUGGUUUCUUCUUCAUUGCGAUCUUGAUUGUACUGCCGAUCCCGCUGGUGUGGAUGGUGAAUGCCGACAAGGGGCGUCGCGACGCUCUUGCCAUGGCAGAGUCUUUAGAAAAGUCCCACGGCGGAUCAGCUGAGGAUUCUCAGGAGGCAGAGGGACUUCUGUCUCGCGAGCACUAG